UGACAAAUCAUCUUGAUCGACGUCUUCCUCGACUUGUUACUAACAAUCUAAAGACAGCUAAUGCAACACUCAACAUAUCCCCGUAUAUGCAUCAGUACAAUGCAAAACAUAGUAAAAGUACCCAUUUCUAUCAGUGAUCGUAAUUCCGGACCUUGAAAUUCGAAACCUCGUACCAUAUUCCCUAACACCGACCACUCUACCAUCGUCCUCGGGCCAGAAUGUUUUCGAUAUUAUUGCUGAGCGUCAGCAGCAGUUGCCAGUUGAAUGCAGUAUUGCAUGAGAUCUCAGGCCUGCCGGAAGCUGUCACUGUGGUUGGGGUAAAAAAUCAUCAUCAACGACUUGUUGAAAAGAAGGACAAGUCACAAGAUCACUUGGUCAACGAAUUCGCAGAAGGGACUCAUUACUAUUGGCGCUUUCCAGCUGAACUCCUGUUUAAAAUCUUCCACCAUUGUCUUCCGGACACUGGGCCAAACACCCAAGGCUUUACUCCCCUGCUAAGGCUAACAACUUCAAGGCUGUUAAUAACAAUAUGUCGACGAUGGAGGGAGGCUGCUACAAGCAUACCCGUCAAGUGUUACCAGGACCAAUCAUUCGAAUACACCACGGCGCCUCCUUCAUCCUUAUAUGAAUCAAAUUUCGUCUCUAUCGGUUUCUUCUGCGAUGCCGACAAACCCGAACUUUUGAAGGAUGUUACGUAUACUUGGUGUGCAGUUGUCUUAUUCUAUGGUAUGAACAAGAGCGCAAGUACGAUGUUACUACAGACGGGCGAUGCAAGCCAAGGAAGCCCCAGUGUCAUAACCUCAAGGGUAACGUGUCCAGUUUAUUCAUUUAUUGACAACUGAAUGGAGUCCAAGUUCAAUACUGUGAUGGUCUACGAGGUGCACUGAUUGUCUACGACACACCAGAUCCAUAUUUUUUCUCGCAUGAUAUUGAUAA